CCCAAUGGAGUCCCGAGGGCGCGCAUGCGCACUUCCCCGACGUCUCGGGUAAACAGAACCCCGCUGAGGCAGGCGGCUGAGUUGGCUGGCAGUGAGGGAGAGGCCUAAGCCAGGAAAGGCGGAAGUAGGCCCGGACGGGACCAUCUCACCUCGGAGGGGGGGGGGGAGAGAAGAGGUUUCGUCGAUUUGGAUUGUACCAUUGUUGUUUUUUUUUCGGGGAGGGGGUGAGUUCCAGGGAUGCGUCGCUGAGGGAGAAAGCGGCGCCAAGAUGGCGGAGGCGGCGCGGAACAGCUCCUCUCCGCCGCCGCCGACAACGCCGCCCGCUUUGGACCCGGAGUUCCCCCCUCAGAGCCGGCCGCGCUCCUGCACUUGGCCGCUGCCCAGGCCCGAAGCGGCGGCGGGGCCCGAAGCAGAGGCAGGCGGCGGGGCCGGGAGCGGCCUAGGCAGCCCCGAGGAGCCUGGAGUCGCCGCCGCGGCGGGAAUAGGAGGAGGAGCAGGACCAGGAGGAGGAGGAGGAGUGGGGCCCGCGCCCCGCAAGAGCACCGGCAACAGCAGCAGCAGCGGCGGCGGGGCGCGUCGUAACGCCUGGGGCAGCCAGUCGUACGCCGACCUCAUCAGCCAGGCCAUCGAGAGCGCCCCGGAGAAGCGCCUGACCCUGGCCCAGAUCUACGAGUGGAUGGUCCGCUCCGUGCCCUACUUCCGCGACAAGGGAGACAGCAACAGCUCCGCCGGCUGGAAGGUGAGAAGGACGGGUCUACGCCGCGGGAUUGACGCGGGUUGACACCGCUUACGAACGAGA